AUGCAAGAUUGCCAAAAUAAAUUCACCAUGAACACAGCAAUUGCCAUAUUUAUACUGGCCAACGUGCUAGUUGCAAUCACAGCCCUACCAUGCAACUUUGACGCCGAGUGCACUGUAGAGGGUGUACCGCAUUACUGUGUGGCCAAACAAUGCUCGCUAACACCGGCACCGGGCAGUCCCGUGCGGGCAGUUAUUCCGGGACAGGUGGCCGGCCUACCGUCAGUAGUGGGCCCAUACGUCGAGUGCCGUAUAGAUGUUGACUGUUACCCGAAAGGCAUAUACCAGAAGUGCUCAAAGAGCAGGUGUGUGCCCGCGGACAACAAGAUCUGCCUGACUAAUGAUGAUUGUAAAAAGAAUCGCUGGAAUAAUAAGUGCAGAGAUAAUCAUUGCACUUGGAUUUAA